AUGAAUAUUUGGUUCUUUAUAAUUACAGUAUCCUCAUUAAAUCUACCGACAAGUUGUUAUCAGGGCAGCGAGUUGGAAACUAAAAGAGAAAUUGUGAAAGAAUUUGUGGUUGAGAUUCGCAAAUUGUAUGCUUUAUAUGAGGAUUACAAAGUGGACGAGGAUGAAUUUAAAAAAAGACUAUUGUGUUUAGUUAAUUCAAUCUCGGCAGCAAAUUGCUGCUGCAUUGAUAAUUGCGAAUAUUAUUCUUUUGUGCGAACUAAUAUCGAGGAACACAUUGAAUAUCUUGAAGAAGUUUUUUAUUAA